UACGAUGGAUGCCACAAAUUCCGUAUCAAAGGGUGUGUUUGUGUUCAAAAAUGAAGCUACACGUGCGAAAGGACGUAAAAAGGUGCAAAGUUGUAGCAGCUUCCUGGACGCCAGCACAACAAACCAGUUGUGGUUUCGUAUGUACAAAAAGCACUGGGAGCGAACGUGGAACAUGAUUAUAAAGCUACAAACAAGCAGCUAUAGCAAGAUUAUUGGUGACCUGCUGAAGUUUAUCGAAAGUUGCCAAAAGGUAAACCAGUACGAAGGUUGUCUGCCGACCGCAGCGUUGCUGACCGGGUUCAAUCAAAAUGAUCAUUGGUCCCAGUUCGAGAAGCUGGCGGAUGACAUCCAAAACAACACCUUCUCAAUAGUGGUAUUGUUGCCGGCCCGUGAUGGAGCAAACCUGAAGCAAGCAGUCGAAACAAUCGUUGAGCGGUGUGUCGAAAGCCAAUCGAAGGAUCGGAACGUUGAAAAGCAAUUUCGUAAAAAUCAGUUCAAUCUGGACGUGUUGGAGGCAUGGUACCAGGAAGCACACGCCAGGCGUGAUGUGAAACCGAAUCUUGUUAUAAUUGUGCCAGACUUUGAGUCGUUCAAUACGACCGUUCUGCAGGAUCUGAUAAUUAUUUUAGAUUCAUACGCUACAAAGUUGCCAUUUGUGCUGGUGUUUGGUGUAGCAACCGACAUUUCAACCAUUCACAGUGUGCUGCCGUACCACGUGACGAGCAAGAUCAAGAUUUCCGUUUUUCAAUCCGAGCCAUCCACUACCAAUCUUAACAACAUACUGAACGAAGUGCUGCUAACACCCUACUGUCCGUUCCAUCUUUCGAGCAAAGUGUUUAAGCUGCUGGUAGAUAUUUUCCUUUUUUACGAUUUUUCUGUCAACGGUUUUAUCCAAGGAUUCAAAUAUGCACUUAUGGAUCAUUACUUUCAAAAAUCGAUCAAUGGACUGAGUGCGGUGAUCGACGAUGAACGCCAGCUGACUGCAAUCGUUCACGAACUUUCGCCAUCAGAAUUGGAGCAAAUACGACAGUUGCCAUCGUUUCGCCCGUACGUGGAGUCGCUGCAAAAUCCGCAAGAGGUCAUAGAUCUGCUGACCGAUGACGAUCAUCUGAAGCGAUCCUUAACUCCGAUGAUAAUGCAAGUGCACAACUAUUGGUUUACCUUUCACUGUGCAUUGCACGUACUGCACACAUUAGUUAGCGACCUGCCAAAGGCACCACUGGGGAAACAAAUCCGCGAACUGUAUUGUCUGUGUGUAGCGUCGGACGUAACUAAGCUGUCCGAAUUCAAAGAAUGCAUCCAACUGCUAUCGUUUCUUUCAAAGGAAGAAAUGCUGCAGAAGAUUCAACAGGUGCUGGACGUCAUUUUAAUUUGGGUGGAACGAAACGACCAGCUAAGCAUCGAAGGCUGUUUGGUGUACGAUGUAGUCCCGGUGGAAGAAAUGGCAAACGGGUUGGUUGUCCUGUCCGACGAGUUAGUAGCUGCUAAUCAUGAUCCAAUCGUCAGCGAGAAACAACACGACAAAUCUUCCUUUCUUUCACCUCACAUGGGACGACAAGAAUUGCGCGAAAAGUUGCUAACGGCCGCAAAACAUUCCAAGAGCGAAUCUGCCGUCACCAAAGCGAUUGAACGUAUAAUGGAAUAUUUUGUUAAGCAUAUCUUCUGCCGAUACCUUCGUCCGGCAACAAGCGAAACAGUGCCCUUGGUUGAGCUGUUUCUUUAUAACGACAGUACCUACCUUCGGCAGCAUAUCGUUGGCGCUCCGAGGGCGGCAGUUCACAUCGCACUGAACAAUCCUCAAUACUACACGCAGUGUGAUUGCUGCACUUUGGACGAAUCGUCCUGUAUCGUUCCUUCAUUGCCCGAUCUCUCCAUAGCCUACAAACUGCAUUUGGAAUGUGGCCGUAUGAUCAAUCUUUUCGAUUGGCUCCAAGCGUUCCGCACGAUUCUCGAAGAUGCCAACAAAGAUGGAGUGGAGCAGCAAGUGGAUCCAAUAAUUCAGGCCCGCUUCACUAGAGUGGUGGCUGAGAUGCAGUUUCUUGGUUUUAUUAAAACGUCCAAAACUAAAACCGAUCAUGUUACAAGGCUGACAUGGUAA